AGUAAAAGGUUUAUUCCAUAAUUCACUCAAAAUACUCCAAUAUAUUCGGGAAGUUUCAUCUAACUUGACCUCGAGAAACACACUCAGCUGCCCCAUUCAUCUUUUUUUCACAUUCCCCCAAAAAAAAAAAACCGAAACUCAUUUCUCAGAGUUUUUGCAGAAAUGGCGGUGAAUGGACUAUGUACGUCGACCGAUGACUUCCUCAAACGGUGUGAGCAGUCUGGUGAUGCUGCUUACAGUACGCUCCGAUCACUCCUUGAACGACUGGAGGAUCCGGUUACCCGGAAAGAAGCUCGGAUCUUCCUCACUCUUCUGCAGAAACGUUUUGCUACUAAAGAAGCCUCCAAUCAAUGCCUCCAAACUUACCAUUUCCAGAUUCAGGAUAUUGUCCUUGAGCAAUAUGAAGGUUUUCAGAAACGAAAGAAACUGACAAUGAUGGUCAUCCCCAGUAUCUUUAUCCCAGAGGAUUGGUCCUUCACCUUUUAUGAGGGACUAAAUAGACACCCUGAUUCCAUCUUCCAAGACAAGACAGUUGCAGAGCUGGGAUGUGGAAAUGGAUGGAUAUCCAUUGCCAUUGCCGAGAAAUGGUCACCAUCAAAGGUAUAUGGACUUGAUAUAAAUCCAAGAGCAGUAAAGAUCUCGUGGAUAAAUUUGUACUUGAAUGCUCUGGAUGACAAUGGCGAACCAAUAUAUGAUGAUGAAAAGAAAACACUACUAGAUAGGAUAGAGUUUCACGAGUCUGAUCUGCUAUCUUAUUGCAAAGAUAAUCGUAUAGAACUUGAACGAAUUGUUGGGUGCAUCCCCCAGAUUCUUAAUCCAAAUCCAGAUGCAAUGUCCAAGUUGAUUACUGAAAAUGCUAGUGAAGAAUUUCUGCAUUCAUUAAGCAAUUAUUGUGCGCUUCAGGGCUUUGUUGAAGAUCAGUUUGGCUUAGGGCUUAUUGCAAGGGCAGUUGAAGAAGGUAUUUCUGUCAUAAAGCCAUCAGGCAUUAUGAUUUUCAACAUGGGAGGCCGUCCAGGGCAAGGUGUUUGCAAACGAUUAUUUGAGCGCCGUGGUCUUCGUGUUAACAAGCUUUGGCAAACUAAAAUUCUUCAGGCAGCUGACACAGAUAUAUCAGCUCUAGUUGAAAUCGAGAAAAGUAGCAUGCAUCGGUUUGAAUUUUUCAUGGGACUGAUUGGAGAUCAGCCUAUCUGUGCUCGAACAGCAUGGGCUUAUGGCAAGGCUGGUGGCCGAAUCUCUCAUGCUUUAUCUGUGUACAGCUGUCAACUUCGUCAGCCAAGUCAGCUGAACUGGCAGGUUAAAAAGAUAUUUGAGUUUGUAAAAAACGGAUUCCACAAUAUCAGUAAUUCUCUGGAUUUAUCAUUUGAAGAUGAUGCUGUAGCAGAUGAAAAGAUCCCUUUCCUAGCUUAUCUUGCUAGUGUGCUCAAGGAGAACUCUGUUUUCCCAUAUGAAUCACCUGCUGGAAGUAGAUGGUUCCGCAAUCAGAUUGCUGGCUUUAUGAAAACGUAUCACCAUUUUCCUCUUAUGACUGACAAUGUUGUUGUCUUCCCUUCAAGGGCUGUGGCAAUAGAGAAUCUGUUGCGGUUAUUCUUGCCACAUCUAGCAAUUGUGGAUGAGCAACUGUCACAUCACCUGCCUAGGCAAUGGCUGACCUCAUUGAAGGUUGAGAAAAGUCAAACUGAUAGUAAUUCGGAGGAUGUCAUCACUGUUAUUGAAGCUCCACGUCAGUCUGAUUCGAUGAUUGAACUGAUAAAGAAGCUGAAGCCCCAAGUUGUAGUUACUGGGAUGGCGCAAUUUGAAUCAGUUACUAGCUCUUCUUUUGAGUACCUACUUGACACAACAAGGGAAAUUGGAUGUCGUCUGUUUUUAGACAUAUCUGACCAGUUUGAGCUAUCCAGCCUGCCCAAAUCUAAUGGGGUCCUGAAAUACCUUGCUGGAGCUCUUCUUCCCUCUCAUGCAGCUAUUGUCUGUGGCUUAGUAAAGAAUCAGGUAUAUUCGGAUCUGGAGGUAGCUUUUGUCAUAUCAGAAGACGAAAGUAUCUAUAAAUCAUUAUCCAAAACCAUGGAAUUAUUACAAGGAAAUACUGCUCUUAUAAGCCAAUAUUAUUAUGGCUGUCUUUUCCACGAGCUGCUAGCUUUUCAGCUUUCUGAUCGACGUCCACCUGCUGAGAGAGAAAGUGAGAAGAUGAAAGCACCCAAAAUGAUUGGCUUUCCUAGCUCUGUCUCCUCAGUACUCAAUCAUGCAGAGCUAUCUGUUACUGAUUCAGACAAUGCUCUGAUUCACAUGGAUGUGGAUCAAAGUUUUUUACCUAUACCAACUCCUGUCAAGGCAGCCAUCUUUGAGAGUUUUGUGAGACAGAACAUUGCAGAGUCAGAAAUUGAUGUCGCAAGCAACAUUAGACAGCUAAUGGAGAGUAGUUAUGGUUUCUCAACGAACAGCAAGACAGAAUUUAUAUAUGCUGACUGCCCUCUAGCUCUUUUUAGUAAAUUGGUACUUUGUUGCAUCCAUGAAGGUGGGGCUCUAUGCUUCCCAGCUGGCUCCAACGGUAGUUAUGUGUCUGCUGCAAAAUUUGUGAAUGCAAAUAUAGCAUAUAUACCUACAAAUCCAGAGGAAGGGUUCAAAUUGACGCAGAAAACAGUUGAAAGUUUUUUGAAGACUGUCAACAGACCUUGGAUAUUUAUUUCCGGACCUACUGUCAACCCUACCGGGCAGCUUUACAGCAAUGAGGAGAUAAAGAGUAUAUUAUCUGUGUGUUCAAAGUUUGGGGCAAGGGUCAUAAUUGAUACUUCAUUUUCUGGUGUGGAGUUCAACUCCAAGGGCUCGGAUGGCUGGAAUUUGGAGGACACUCUAGCAAAACUAAGAUCUCAGAACCAGUCAUUCUGUGUUUCUUUGCUUGGAGGACUGUUUCUGAAGAUGCUUACUGCUGGAGUCUCAUUUGGAUUUCUGCUUCUAGACCAGCCUGCUCUAAUUGAGGCGUUUCACAGUUUUCCUGGUUUGAGUAAACCUCACAGCACUAUAAAAUACCAAGUAAAGAAGCUGUUGGAUCAAAGAGAACGAACAGCAGAACUUUCCAAUGCUGUGUCAGAGCAUGAAAAUAUUCUGGCUAGUCGAUAUAAGCUCUUGAAAAAGACCCUUGAAAGUUGUGGUUGGGACGUGCUUGAGGCUCAUUCUGGCGUUUCAGUGGUGGCAAAGCCAUCUACCUAUCUCGGGAAGACAGUUAAAAUCGGCAAAGAUUCAUCUUCAUGGGAUGGCAAACUUGAUGACACAAAUAUUAGAGAAGCCAUGCUUAAGACCACUGGUUUGUGCAUCAAUAGCUCUUCGUGGACCGGAAUUCCUGGUUACUGUCGCUUCACCAUUGCCUUAGAAGAUGGUGAUUUCGAGCGUGCAUUAGCUUGCAUUGUCAAAUUUAGAGAUAUGGUCGGUCAAUGAAAGACAAUCAAGCCAAGACUGGUCUAAUGUGUCUAUCUUUCCAAUUUUUUGUUUUUUCACAACUUGGUUGUUGUGAAAUAAGCCCCAUUUCCUGUGAGCAAGAACACCUUAAUACAUCAACACAGUUUUUGUUUAAUGCAUCUGUAUACAAAAAACUGUGAUGCUCGAUUUGAUUCCUCCCGUGAAAUUUGCUGAUGACUAUAAGCUGUACUUCGUAUAUUUGAAUUA